AUGUCUGCCUUCUCCUUACAAUCAUCCGCGUUCGUUGGCGCCAAGGUUUCCGCGAAAUCUUCCGCGCGCAACCAAGUGAAAUCCAGAGCGUCGUUACGCGUGAACGCCAAGGCUGACGGACCAGUCAUCAUCGGCUUAGCCGCGGAUUCUGGAUGCGGUAAAUCCACGUUCAUGAGAAGAAUGACUUCUUUGUUCGGCGGUAAGGCUUCCCCGCCUGAGGGGGGCAACCCGGAUUCCAACACUUUGAUCUCGGACACUACCACCGUCUUGUGCUUGGAUGACUACCACUUGAACGACCGUCAAGGCCGUAAGGAAUCUGGCUUGACCGCGCUCAACUUGAAAGAGCAAAACUUUGACUUGAUGCACGAACAAGUCAAAGCCUUGAAGGAAGGCAAAACGGUCCAAAAGCCGAUCUACAACCACGUGACUGGCGUUUUUGACCCGGCUGAAGAGAUCGUCUCCCCGAAAGUUUUGAUUUUGGAAGGCUUGCACCCGUUCGCCGACGACCGCGUCAGAAACUUCUACGAUUUCAAAAUCUACUUAGACAUCUCCGACGACGUCAAGUUCGCGUGGAAGAUCCAAAGAGACAUGGCCGAACGUGGUCACUCCUUGGAGUCCAUCAAGGCGUCCAUUGAAGCCCGUAAGCCGGAUUUCGAUGCCUUUGUUGACCCGCAAAAGAAGUUCGCGGAUGUCGUCAUCCAAGUCUUGCCGACGCAAUUGAUCCCGGAUGACAACGAAGGUAAAAUCUUGAGAGUGCGCAUGAUCAUGAAGGAAGGCGUCAAGUUCUUUGACACCCCGUACUUGUUCGACGAAGGUUCCACGAUCUCUUGGAUCCCGUGCGGCCGCAAGUUGACGUGCUCGUACCCGGGCAUCAAGUUCUUCUACGGCCCGGACACUUUCUACGGAGAAGAAGUCUCCGUCUUAGAGAUGGACGGUCAGUUUGACAAGUUGGAGGAGUUGAUCUACGUUGAAUCCUUGUUGUCCAACACUUCCACCAAGUUCUACGGUGAAUUGACGCAACAAAUGUUGAAAUACCAAAACGGCCCGGGCUCCAACAACGGUACCGGUUUCUUCCAAACUUUGGUUGGCUUGAAGGUGAGAGAGCUCUACGAGAAGAUUUCGGAGACGGAAGUUGUCGCGAAGUAA